GCAUAUGUCAACCAAGCAGGCUGCUGAGGAGAGCAGCACAGUUCAUCUCUUCAGACGUCCUUGUUUCUACGUGCAGAAGUUUCAAGCUGCCUUUUCUUCAGCAGGAUGGACAGUACUUUUGACAAGCUGGAUGCUGCAGGUUUCUUGGAAAUCUGGCAACACUUUGAUGCAGAUGAUAACGGCUACAUCGAGGGCAAAGAGCUGGAUGACUUUUUCCGGCACAUGAUGAAAAGACUGGGCCCACAGGAGAAAGCCACUGAGGACAGGGUUCAAAGACUAAAGCAGCGGUUCAUGUCUGCCUAUGAUGUGACUGCUGAUGGGAAACUACAGAUUCAAGAGCUAGCCACCAUGAUUCUGCCUGAAGAAGAGAACUUCUUGUUGAUUUUCCGAAGAGAAACUCCUCUGGACAACAGCGUUGACUUUAUGAAGAUAUGGAGGAAGUAUGACAUCGACUGCAGCGGCUACAUAUCGGCCCAGGAGCUGAAGGCUUUCUUGAAAGAUCUAUUUCAGCAGCACCACAAAGAAGCAUCCCCUGAAAAACUGGAAGAAUACACCGAUGCAAUGAUGAAAAUAUUUGACAAAAACAAGGACGGCCGUUUGGAUCUGAAUGAUUUAGCAAGGAUCUUGGCUUUGGAAGAGAAUUUCCUGCUCCAGUUCCAGAUGGAUGCUGGCAGCAAAGAGGAGAGGAAGCGGGACUUUGAGAAGAUUUUUGCCCAUUAUGAUGUUAGUAAGACCGGAGCCCUGGAGGGUCCUGAGGUGGACGGCUUUGUCAAAGACAUGAUGGAGCUUGUCAGGCCCAACAUAACGGGUCCUGAUCUCAACAAGCUGCGAGCGGUUCUGCUGCGUCACUGUGACGUCAACAAUGAUGGGAAGAUCCAGAAAAAUGAGUUGGCUCUAUGUCUGGGCGUCAAGACAAAGCCUUAAAACUCUUAAGCAUAUUCUUCUUAAACACUGACUGUAUUAUGUACCGUUGAUAAUAUCACAAUGUUAUCCAUAUGCAUCAAAAUUGGACCGAACCCUUGAAUGACAGAUUAGACCUUGUCUCCUUUGACUUUAUACUGGUUUCCUGUGUAUGAUUUUAAGGACAAUAGUCAAAGGUUAAUGUUUGCUUAUAUAAAACAUGUUUGCUGUGAGGAAUUACUUGACACGAUGGUCAACGAAGUGAAUGUCUCUUUUAAAGUGGAAACUUGCUAAAUGAAAAUUUCUAGAGAUGUAAGUUAAAUAAUUUUGCAUGUUUCUCUAUAAAAUGUAAUGGUAUGUUGUGUAGUGUAUAUUACAUUAAUGGGAUAUCAAGAAAAUAAACUGGCAUGUGAUGGCAUAA